GUUUACUGUCACACAUUACUGGGCCUGUUCAUGGUCGGGUUGAGCUGGGGGAAAAGAAGCCCCGUUUUCCAGCAAAAUAUCACAAUUAAGGAAGGAUGAUACUGUAAUGUCCCAGAGGGGUUCCAACAGAAAUUCAUGAGGAACCGGGGCACACACAAACGUUUUCCAUGGCCUCGUCAUUUCUCACAUGACAACAAAUCGGUAUUUCCCUCAAAACUUUAAAAAAAAACCCAGAGAAAAAAAAAUUAGACUCAAAGUUAAACGAAAAAGAAAUAAUAUAAUUACAACUUUGUGAUGUCAAAUCCUGCUUUUCUAAAAAAAGAUGUUAAAAUCCAAGGGAAUUUUUAUAUUUGUGUGGGACAAGAAGGAAAACGUACAUUUCCACCAGGAAAGGAUUUUGAAGACAAUUCUUAGAAUUCAACAGAAGGAUGCACAUUUAUUCGUUUAUGUUUGCUUUUGUUUGAAUUAUUUGGGCAUCUUGACAAUUAAGCAAAAGCAUUAGACAUUAGUUUAAUAGGCAGAGGUAGGUAUUGCCCUUGAGGUAGAAUUACAUCGCACCGUGACUCAUUGAAAUUUGAGUGCCUACAGCAGGGAUGUCCAGCCUGGACUCGGGAGGGUUUAUAUAGUAUGUGUAGAAGCACCUGAAGAACUCUGAUCAGCUUGAUUGAUUGAUCCGAUCUAGCCAAAUCAUUCUAAUAAUAUACUGAUAUUUUCUCUGUGAAAAGCUGUGCUGGAAUUAAAACCUACUUGACACACCAGCCGUGGCAUAGCUUAGUCAGCAGCAAGGUAGUGCAAAACAGUCAUCUGCCUAUGCAAAAACUGACUCCUCUAAAAGCUCACUUCAAGUUUAAACAUCCUGCCAGAACAAAACGUUACUUGCAAAUCUGAAGAAUUCUUUUUAUUUCCAAAGUUUGUCCCCCUGAUGAACACAGUGUUUUUGAACACGAGCAAGAUAUCCCCUUCGAUGGAGGAAUUAUUAUUUAAAAAAAAACAAGUUCAGGAAGUGAGCGAUAUGUUCGAGGAAAACCUAAAACUUACAGGAAACAUUGUACCCACCCACGAGUGAAUUAAGUGCUUUAAAACAGCCACAUCAAAACACAGUGGAAACGUCAAAUAAUUCAAAAUCACGGCUUUAUCUUUCUACUUGGGUGUCUCCCCGGCGCCGCCCUGCUGGUGAGGGAUGAUCAGGCAGGAGUGGGGCGAAAGGGUGAGGAGGGUGGCGUGCCGGGCCGAGUGGUACCAGCACUGGCCCCUGUCCUCGCCGUACAAGCCCAGGCUGUCCAGGCCCUGGCAGCCGUCUACUCUGUGGCGGGUUUUCCCCCGCCAGGGCCUGGCCUUCGCUUUCGCCAAGAGCCGCGCGGAGGGUGUCCACGUGUUCGCGCUGGAGAACGGCCCCACCGAGGCCGGGCAGAGGAUCUACCUGGUGACCACGUAUGCCGAGCUCUGGCACUACUACAGGACUUACAGGCGGUCUCUAAUGCACUGUUAUGAGGUCAUCCCCGAAGGUGCGGUGUGCAAGCUGUACUUCGAUUUGGAGUUCCACAGGCCCUCGAACGAAGGUCGGGAUGGAAAACGGAUGGUGGCGUUUUUUAUUCAGGUAUGGAGCCAGCGGUCUUCACGGCGUAGGAGCAGCACAGACGUAUUACAGUAUGUAUGUCUGAAAUUGGAAGAGGAAUAUGGAAUUAAAAUCUCCAAGGAUGAUGUUCUGAAUUUGGAUUCCAGCACAGAAGAAAAGUUCAGUCGACAUCUAAUAUUCCUUGUUCCGAAUGCAGCUUUUAAAGACAAUAUACACGUUGGCCAUUUUGUCCACAAGGUGUUAAAGCCAGCGCUGGAGGAGCUGAGAAGGAGAAGACACCGUCUGGUGACAGAAACCCACCUGGAGAGCAAUGGACAGCCUGCAAGCAGCCAAUCCCCUCUUCCGUCUUUUGGACCUGGGCAGGAACCGGAGGCUGAGAGGCUGAGGAAUCCAUAUCCCAAAAGACAGAGAACCGGGGAGGGUCCAACCUCCCCAUCUCCUCAGGCUGGGGGCCUGCUGUUUCUCUUCGUGAAAGACAGAGAUGGACAGGAUCAGCUCUUUGUUGAUGUCGGAGUGUACACAAAGAACAGAAAUUUCCGCCUGUACAAAUCUUCCAAAGCUGGGAAGAACGUUGCCUUCAGUGUAGCGGAGGACAACACAUUUGUCCCCAGGCCUCAGAAGCACCUGUCUCACGAAGAACAAAUAUUUCUCGCCUCCCUCGUCAGCAAUGUUCGGUUCUCAGAUGGUCUGAUUAUUCUAACUUGUGAUGUUCCCGAGGCUACAAAAACAAAGUGCAUUCAGACAGCAGUUCCCAAAUCAGGGUCUGUUGGUGGAUGUCAGUAUUCUCCUUACAUAGAAGUGGACAACUUUGUGCUCUCUCUGGUGAACAAAGAUGGCAUUGAAGGCACCAUACGGCAGUGGAAUUACUUUUCCUCUGAGGAACUUCUGGUUUAUGACAUCUCCAAGUAUCGCUGGUGCCAAAAUGUAGGCAGGUUCCAUAAAAGCAACAAUAUCAUGAUCCUGGUGGAUCUGAAGGAGGAGGUCUGGUAUCAGAAGUGCCACGACCCCGUGUGCAGGAGUGAGAAUUACAGAUCUCCAAGUUUGCCCUUGCCCCGUGAGGUGUGUCUCAGCUACCUCGUGAAGGAGGAUGAAAAUGAUUUUGCGUUCACGAUGGACGAAGCUGGGAACAUCGUGCCAAGCCAGGGGCGUCACGCCGCCGAGGCAGGCGGCCCGUGUGCGUCGGUGGAGCCCACGGGCCGGGCCGCAGGCUGGGAGCCCGGCCCCAACGACCAGGCUUGCCUGCAGGCGCUGGAGGAGGUGGAGCGGAGGGCCUUCCUGCCCGGCGAGCCGCUCCGCCCCGGAGCAACACAAGCCGACGAAAUCCCAGACAAACUUUUACUGGACACCCUCAUUGAAUACGAGUCUCAGGCUCGGUGAAAUUAGUAUGUGUUAUAGGAUGGGUGCGCACAUGCUUGGAGAAAGGAGCCUCCUUCACUUUGGUCAUACCUUUUGACCAUGUAAAAGAUAUGGCACCUGCCUUUAUCUAGGAGCACCUUGUUAAUAAUUACUGAUUCCAGUGCUGUUCCCCAGGCACCUCACCUUGAACAGAGGAAGUGUAUCACCAAGGAGAGGACACAAACACCUGUAUAGCCUUU